AUGCCGGGUCGACAGCGCACGAAGACGCGCUACGCCCCGACCUCGGUGGCGUCGCCGUCGAACGCGCCGGAGAACGCGUACGGGGCGGCGUUUUGUUCGCUUCCGGGUGCGGAUGCGCGAUUGCUGAAGACGUUUGCCACGUGCGCGGGCCCGCGGGCGGAGGUGUACGAGUGCGAGGACGACGGUGGGAUGCGCGUCGUCGCGUCCUUCGAAGCGUCGGGGAACGAAGAGUUUUACGUCUGCGCGUGGUGCGCGAUCGAUGCGCGGGAUUCGGAUCGUAGCGCGAGUGGACGGGCGACGAGCGGGACGCGGCGGACGCCGUGUCUGGCGCUCGGCGGCACGGGGUCGGUGGUGCGAGUGGUGGAUUGCGUGACGGGACGAACGCACGUGGAUUUGGUCGGACACGGAGGGACGGUGAACACGAUCGCGACGCAUCCGACGGAACCGACGGUGAUCGCGACCGGGAGCAAGGAUUUGAGCGUUCGGUUGUGGCACGCGAACACCGGGGUGACGAUGGCGAUAUUCGCCGGGGGAUUGGGGCAUCGAAACGACGUGUUAUCGGUAGACAUUCAUCGAACGUUAGAUUCGGAGAUGCGAAUGAAGAUUUUAAGCGGUGCGAUGGAUAACUGCGUCAAGGUUUGGGCGACGCCGUCGUUCAAGCGAUCGUUUCGCGACGCGGCGACGUGGGACAAACCUCUCGCCGAGUUCAAGACGAUUGUCGUCGACGCGCCGAUGUUUUCGAGUAAUCGUGUGCACGAGGAUUACGUCGAUUGUGUGGCGUGGUGCGGCGACGCCGCGCUGUCGAGAUCGGUGGACGGCGUGACGAAGAUGUGGGUCCCGGAUGAACCCGUCGGCGUGCUGCACGCGCAGGGCGAGCAGUAUCGACUCGUGGGCGAGUUCCCUCAGGAGGACGCCAUCUUGUGGUGGUUAAAAUUCUCCCUAUCGGCGUCGCGAAACGUCUUGGCGUCCGGGAACAUGAAGGGGGCGGUGAGCGUGUGGAGAUUAGACGAACCGGACGUCCUCGACCGAGGUCCGUCCAAGCUCGCGCCGUUUCCGGCUCGCAAGUCGUCGACGCACCAGAAGAGUCUGAACUCGGCGUUCAAUCUCGAGGGCAAUCCACCCGUCGUGCGACAGUGCGCCGUGAGCGCGGAUGGCUCCAUCAUCGUCGCCGCGUGCGACAACGGCAUCAUCUGUCGAUGGGACGAGUGCAGAGACGACGAGAGCGGCGACGAGAGCGGCGACGAGAGCGACGACGACGACGAGAGCGACCGCACGAACGCGAACGACGACCGCGGCGUCCACACGCACGAGUAA